AUGGAGGCAGAGUUGAUUCAGAUGACAGUGAAGGGCGGAACGGGUGGUGCAGGUGGUGCAGGCGGCCGCCAGGGUGGGAGUGGGGGUGCCGGCGAAGGCGCUCGCGUCUAUGUGAAUUCGGAGCAGGCCAGAAUCUACACAGGAGGCGAAACAGAGGAGAUGGAGCGCAAAAAAAUCAUUAACUGGAUCUCACCGAUCAACUAUGCACCGCGUCACCAGCAGAUAUAUGACUCCUGUCAUGAGGGCACUGGGGAAUGGUUUCUGCAACACUCAGAUUUCCUCAGCUGGAAAUUGGGACAUGGACAAACACUGUGGUGUGUUGGUGGCCCUGGUGUGGGCAAGUCUGUUCUUGCGUAA